AUGAGUGACUCACAAGCCAUGGCACCUUCACAGGUGCUUAGCAUCAAAGUUCCGGAGGACCUCACAAAAAGUUCCCAUCUUAGUUCCAGUGUUGAACGUCUUGUGGAAGUGACUAGACGUUUGACGGUGUUUAAUCAACUCGAAUCGGCCUUAGAUGAUCGAAGCAAAGGAGUUGAUGUCGUAGAGGAUGAACGUGAACUUGUCUCCAAGUCAGACGUGCCUACGGAGGAAGAAGGGAUGGAAUCAUAUCCCAAAACGCUACAUCUCUCGGAAACAGCCUCAGCAACUGACUUAUCUAGCCCAGAUAACAGCUCGCGAAGGUCUCCAAACAGUAGCACCAAAAAAUGGGCUCGAUUGCUUGGUAUUUCGCCUGAGGAUAUAGGCGAUGAGGAUGAAUUCAUUAGGGCUGCCACAGCCAUUGAGGCUCAUCAGCCACCGUCUCUGGCAGACACUGUCCUGGUGGCAGAUCAGCGGGCACUUCGACAAAGUUGGAAUGCAGCCCUUGACACCACCCACUUUGGCAGCUUAGAAUCCAUGGAAGGCAGUGGAGGGAGCAGACUACGACGGAGUUCCAGUUGGAAAGAUAAAAUGUCCUUACCCUUUUUCACAAAACGAUGCAUUCAGGUGAAAAGUAUUCAACAAGACGAACUGUCGAAAAUGAUCGCUUCUGGCAAACCAAGUUAUGAGCAAGUUCAUAGAUGGAGGAAAUCCUUUGAAGCCCUUCUAACAGACAAAUUGAAGGGAAUAUGUUUUAAGUCUAUUAUUUUCAUUCAUUUCUUAGAUGGACUGGCGCUUUUCAAAGAUUUUUUGGCAACUGAAUUCAGUGAUGAAAACAUUGAAUUUUGGAUUGCGUGCGAAGAAUAUAAGACCAUUACGCAACCAAAAAAGCAGCAUGCUAAAGCGCAAAAAAUCUACGAGGAUUUUAUUGCGACCCAAGCACGCAGAGAGAUUAAUUUGGACUCCGUCACGCGAGACCAGACUAUCUCGGAGCUGAGCUCACCUUCUGCGCACACAUUUGAAAAUGCACAAAAACGAAUUCAAGCCUUGAUGGAACGAGACUCCUACGGUAGAUUCCUCCGCUCCGACCUCUACCUCACCCUCCUCCAACAGGCCAAGCAAGCAGCUCGAGAACUGGCAGCAGCUGCUCGCGACGGGCACGAUGGUGUUCCUUUCUUCUCCGACGGCUCAGCUCGGUUUAAGCUGCCCAACUUCAUGGGAGGAGGCUUAGUUUUGGGGGGGAGCGGGAAGGGCGGGGGUGGAGGCGGUGUGGGCACCGACCUUCCUGGGGUUUUGGCAGCAGCUGCUGACGCCGAAGCGGGAAUGAACUCAGUUCAAGAUCUGGAGCUCCUUGGUCUGUCUACUUCAAGACAUAUGCGUAAUCUGACAACAAACACGGCAACUAAGCAUUCAGCGUCUUCCCAGUCCCCAUCGCCUGCAAAACCGCCAGUAUGA